UAGAAACGUGAAACAUAUAAUUGUAACACGUUGCAAUGAUAAGUUAGAACGCGAAGUAGAAUCGGCGAAGACUUAACCUCAACUCCGUUCCCACUGUUCAUUGAAUUUUGUAACAAUUUGAUAAUAAAACAAAAUCAUGGAGGUCAUGCGGGAGUCUUUGGUGGACAAGGUGCCGGAUUUCCGAUUAUUUCUUUUCACAAAGGAGUGCCUUCAAGAGUAUUUUAACGAUUACAACUUUUUCCAUGUGGAAUGUUUCAAGGCGACACUUAGCAAGGCGUUGGGAGUGGGAAUCAUAUUUGGAUCUUUACUAGUCAAGGUGCCACAAAUUAUAAAAAUUGCUAAUAAUAAAAGCGGAGAGGGUAUUAGUUUAUUUAGCGUGUUAAUGGAUUUAUUUGCUAUCACUUCUAUGGUGUCAUAUAGCUUUGUGAGUGGAUUUCCUUUCAGUUCUUGGGGAGAUGGAGUAUUUUUGGGUCUGCAAACUGUAGCCAUCGCCGUACUUGUACUUCAUUAUGCUGGGGAAACGUAUAAAGCACUGGCAUUCGUUGCCAUGUACAUAGCGGUUUCUUUUGCAACAACGAGUGGAGCUGUUUCGUUGAAGAUUCUUUGGACAUGUCAAACAUUAAACAUUCCUAUUAUUCUCAUUAGCAAGUUUGCCCAGGCCUACACAAAUUAUCGAAAUGGUAGCACAGGUCAGCUUUCAGCUAUUACAGGUUUCCUGUUAUUUGGUGGUUCUCUGGCAAGAAUUUUCACUUCGAUUCAGGAAACUGGAGACACUUCUGUAAUUAUUAUGUACAUAUGUGCUACUGCUGCAAAUGCAGUGAUCGCUGCUCAGAUAUUAUAUUAUUGGAACGUGGAUAAAAAGGAUGAAAAGAAAAAGAAAUGAGACGCAGCAGUACUGACAUUCCAAAUUUAUUUAUUGCUUAUUAAGGUACGAAGGUCUUCUCCUAAACAGUUAAAUAGAGGGGCGACGAUAUGUUGGUCAUUGUUAAUCUUUUCUUGACUGCGUACGUCAGUUCCUUAGGUUUUUAGAUGUUUUUUUAUUCAGCCAAAAAUCUUGCUGAGGGAAAAUAGGCAUUUUAGAAGAUAUAUAAACAUUCUACUGUAGAUAUGGUUAAAAUAGAAUCUUUACGAAUAUUCAACCUCAAAGAUUUUUAGAGUAAUUUAUACAAAAUCGAAUAAGUAAUAAAAUUUAGAAAAGGACAACGAAAGAUCUAUUAUUAAUGAAUUACUCGACAUUUUAUUGAAUCCGUAUAUAUAUACAGAAAAAUAUAAAAUUGUAACAGUUCAUAGAAAAUAGUAAAUACUGUUCAAUCUUGGAUCAGAAAUUCAUUAUACACUUUGUGAUAAUAACCUAAAAUAAAUCAGAAAUCAUAUUUAAUAAGACAAUAAAGCAUUUGAGGAGUUCAAAGUUGAA